AUGCCACUGACCGCCAUAGAGCGCACCACCGACCGCCGGGCGAUCUACCAGCUGGUCGAAUUGGCGAACUCGCGGGGCGUCGAGGUGCUGGUUCUCGGCGAACCCCGCCUGCUGGACGGCCAACCGAGCCCCAACAUGGCCCGAAUUCGCCGAUUCGGCGAGCGCUUGAGCAAAGUCAGCGGCUUGCCGAUCGCCUGGGUCGAGGAGACCCUGACCACCGUCGAGGCCGACGAGCUGCUGCGCCAGGCCGAGCUGCGCCUGCACAGUCAGCGCCAGCGGCGCGACUCGUUGGCGGCGCAGGUCCUGCUGCAGGAGUUUCUCGACCAAUCCGAGCCGGCAGCCACCGGGAUUGAAUAG